UGGACGAAGGACGACUGUGUGCGUCUGACUGUCGUCGAGAGAUAUUUGAGGAACCUCGAGGGAACGCUUGUAAGAUGUCUGGUGUGACGCUGGAGGACCUGUGGUGCCAGUGCCAGGGGAAUGCUAGUGCCACGCCUCACAGGCUACUAAUCUUGAAGCAAAUGAGUAAGAUGCACGCGGCGGCCCAGCGGCACGCCGUGUGGUACGUGUGUGUGGUGCUCGCGCUCUACUUUCUAGGCCUCGUCAUCAUCAUCAGGAGAUCGGGGCGCACAGAACGGCAUACGGCAGCCACUGCUCUCUCCUUCUGCUUCUCCCGUGCCGCCUCCACCAUGGCCAGCCGUAGGAAGAAGCGGUCAAACAGUGAGCGCCAUAACAGAGGGUCAGUAAACCCACCAGUAGAACCCCGUCAACAGAUGGCUGGACCGUCCCUUCAGGUUCAUCUGGUUGUUCCUGAUGAUGACGAUGAAAUGGAAAUAUCAAUGGUAACGACGGUGGCCUAGCCUCGGGCUGGCUACGACUCGGCAUGUAAAUGGUGACGAUGACUAUCACAUGAACAGUAAUAUGUGACUCCACCUGCGGAUAUCAACAGAGGUAAGAUUCAAAAGCGAUCUAAAAGUCAGAAGUUUCCUGAGAGAGAUCAUAUAUUCGGUAAACGGAGAAUCUUCACUUAAAAUCCGUGUCAGGAAAAUUUCCCCCUGAUAACCGUAACAGUGACUGCACGAAAACAAAAGUCUUUGUUUCUUUCAGCAUUUCAUUGUAAGGUAGCACCUGGCAUUUAUUGUAUUAGUUUUUAGAUGCAGGAAUCUGAACUUCGUAAAAGUUGUGACAGUGUACGGAAAUGAACAGAUAUAAGCUUUUGCUCGAGAAUUGUUGAUGCUCCCAAGAGCUUCUCAUGUAUGUCAUCCAAAUUAUUUUGAUGGCGGAUUAACUAGAAUGCUUAAUCUCUUCAGGGGGAAACAUUACUCACAACCUUCCCCUGCCAUUAAAUCUUUUCACGAAGCUCAGAUUCCCACAUCUAAAAAAUAUGUAAGUAUUCGGUGCUCCCUUAUAAUUAGAAGGUGAAAAAAAAAAAUAAAAGACUUGUCUUCAUGUGAGCAUUAACAUCACGCACAGAUGUAUCACUAACGACAGCGUUUGUAUUUACUUCGUUGCAAGCAAUGUCCAGAAAAUUAUAUGUGGGAUAAAUAGAAAGAAGUAUGAACAAGCAUGUGAAUGAUCGCAAGAUAUGUUAAAAAAAGAAAUACUAGCAGUGCUGCAUUCCGUCUUGUGCGGGAUAGUGACCGUAUUUGAUAAUUUUACACAGAGAUAUUUAUGAACAAGAUGUAGUCGCGUGUAAAGAGACACUUUAAUUUGAACACGAUAGUUCACACCCAAGUCAAUAAUCAUCCUAAUGAAAAAUCUUAACCAUCAAGUUGUAAGAUGCCACACUCUUCAGGAUCAGAUCAACCAAAGUCAGUUCUUGUCCAUUCAGUCAGGUCAAUAGAGAUAUGGUUAAACCUUCCUCUUCGCGAUGUCGAUUAACUACUCUUAUCUUACUUUAAAUUGUGGGUCGUCAUGUGUAUAUAUGUAUAUAUAUGUCGUGCCGAAAAGGUAAAACUUGCGAUUUUGGCUUAAAUAGCAACAUUCUUCUUCCCGAAUAUGGCAGGCGAAAAUUUGUGUAUGAAAUAAU